AUGGAAAACAAUAUCCAAUACACUACGGAACCUGAACAUUUAACCGCAUAUGAAUUUCAUUAUAACACUCCUUCGCGACGUGAUAAUAUGACUUAUGUACAAGAAAAUUUUCAACGUGCUAAAGGAGUACAAUUUAUGGAAAGAUUAAGUACAACUCCCAAUUUGUCAAUGUAUCCUUUCACAAGAUACUCGUUGUUUCCUAAAACAAUAUCGGCGGCUGCAAUUUUCAUCGCUGCAAAAUCUAGUGACAUUCCAUUAAAUGAUAAUCCAAGUGUUGGUACAUGUUGGUUUGAAUUUGCAAAAGUUGAAGAUAUCAAUAUAGUUGCCGCAGCAGUUGAUUAUAUUUUGCAAUCCUAUACAACUGGACCUGUUGUUAAAAAAUCCGGUUGUUCUCAGGAUCCCAAUUGUCCAAAUAACCCUCUCCAUUUUGCUUGCACAGAGAUCGUGCAUAUUGGACGAACUCAAGUACUAACCCCACCAGAUACCUAA